CAAGUGUGCUUCCGGUCCAGGAGGAGCGCGCUCGCCUUGGAAAGUUGCGCAGCUGACUGAGCAAGUGGUGGCCGGCUUCCCGCCCCGACACACACACACACCGCGGCAGCGGCGACACCUUACACACAAGACAGCCUCCACUGUGGACAUGCUGGCCUGGGACAGAUGAUCUGACAGAGGAAGACAUCAGACGCCGUCCGUCUCCCCGCCGGAUAUUAUGGGGUGUGCUUGCUGCAAGCAGAAGAAGUCCGCCAAACUCGAAGCCGCCACGUUAGCCGCCGCCGCCAACGCGUCGGAGCUGUCGCCUAGCAACGUGGACGGCGGCGCGUCCACGGGCUCGGUGCAGGGACGCUACUGUCCCGACCCCACGCAGGCCAUCCCGGACUUCAACCAGGGCUUCUCGUCCGCCGCCGUCUUCGCCAACGCCAACGCGCAGCAGUGGGCGGGCAGCAUCACAGGCGGCGGCGUCACGCUCUUCAUCGCCCUCUACGACUACGACGCUCGCACGGAGGAUGACCUCACCUUCCAGAAAGGAGAGAAGUUCCAGAUCAUCAACAACACCGAGGGUGACUGGUGGGAGGCUCGCUCUUUGGACACUGGGAACGCUGGUUACAUCCCAUCCAACUAUGUGGCCCCUGUGGACUCCAUACAGGCUGAGGAGUGGUAUUUUGGAAAGAUGGGGAGGAAGGAUGCAGAGAGACAGCUGCUGGGCCACGGAAACCAGAGGGGGACUUUCCUCAUACGAGAGAGCGAGACCACCAAAGGCGCCUACUCGCUGUCCAUCCGGGACUGGGACGACAACAAGGGCGACCACGUCAAGCACUACAAGAUCCGCAAGCUGGACAACGGCGGCUACUACAUCACCACGCGCUCCCAGUUUGACACCGUGCCGCAGCUGGUGGAGCACUACACAGAGAGGGCCGCGGGGCUGUGCUGCCGCCUGAUCGGCAGCUGCAAGCGGGGCAUGCCGAAGCUGGCCGACCUGUCGGUGAAGACCAAGGACAUGUGGGAGAUUCCUCGCGAAUCCCUGCAGCUGAUUAAGAAACUGGGCAACGGCCAGUUCGGAGAAGUCUGGAUGGAGACUAACGACGGGCUGUGCUACUACCUGACCAAGCCGUGCCAUAACUCCACGCCGCUCACCAGGGGCCUGGGCCGGGACGCCUGGGAGGUGGCCCGGUCCACGCUGGCCCUGCGCAGGAAGCUGGGCCAGGGCUGCUUCGGGGACGUGUGGAUGGGCAUGUGGAACGGCACCACCAAGGUGGCGGUGAAGACUCUGAAGCCCGGUACAAUGUCCCCCGAGGCCUUCCUGGAGGAGGCUCAGAUCAUGAAGAGACUCCGCCAUGACAAGCUGGUGCAGCUCUAUGCGGUGGUGUCGGAGGAGCCCAUCUACAUCAUCACUGAGUUCAUGAGCCAAGGAAGUUUGCUGGACUUCCUGAAAGACGGCGAGGGCCAGAACCUGAAGCUGCCCCAGCUGGUGGACAUGGCGGCACAGAUCGCGGCCGGCAUGGCGUACAUCGAGAGGAUGAACUACAUCCACCGCGACCUGCGCGCCGCCAACAUCCUGGUGGGAGACAACCUGGUGUGCAAGAUCGCAGACUUCGGACUGGCACGUCUCAUCGAGGACAACGAGUACACGGCCAGACAAGGGGCCAAGUUCCCCAUCAAGUGGACGGCCCCUGAAGCGGCUCUGUACGGACGCUUCACCAUCAAGUCUGACGUGUGGAGUUUUGGCAUCCUGCUCACGGAACUCAUCACCAAGGGACGCGUGCCAUACCCAGGCAUGAACAACCGCGAGGUGUUGGAGCAGGUGGAGCGCGGCUACCGGAUGGCCUGCGCCCCGGGCUGCCCCGCCUCGCUCCACGAACUCAUGCUGCAGUGCUGGCGGCGGGAGGCCGACGAGAGGCACACCUUCGAGUACCUGCAGUCCUUCUUGGAGGACUACUUCACCGCCACCGAGCCGCAGUACCAGCCCGGAGAGAACCUGUGACACACACACACACACACACACACACACACACACACACACACACGCGCGGCUCCUAAUGUACAUUGUCGCCCUAAUCGCUUCCAGUCGCCGCCGCGUCUUUUGGGACAGAUCCGCCUUGAUGAAGGACCUCUGCUGAUCAGGGGGGCCCUGCAGUGAUGUUGCUUUCCUCUGUAACCAUGACAACAAGGAACUGAAAGAAAGAUGUAGAUGGUUUGGGAGGAG